UUUCCAACUGGAGCUUUAUUUUUUUUCCCUCUACUCUCAUUUCUGGGCCUAAAAUCAGGUUAGCGUUUUAUAAGGAGCUUAGCGCAGAGGGCCACAGUGUGCCACUAAUGUAAUAGAGUAUCUCUCUCUCUCUCUCUCUCUCUCUCUCUCUCUCUCUCUCUCUCUCUCUCUCUCUCUCUCUCUCUUAUUCUCUUCUGUCCUCUUUUCUCUUUGUGCAUUUGCUUACCCUGUCAUGGAGUGUCCCUCUCUCUGCCUGUUUUUCUCUGUCCUUCCUCUUCCCUCGCUCCCUUCUUCCCUCUGCAUCUCCCUCCGCCUGCAGAUGUGGACGACGCAAGCCUGAGGUUUAAACAUCAGGACAGUGACACAGCCUGAGACGAGGCAACUCGGCCCAGAGAGGACAAGAAGCAGAGGUGCUGCUAUUACACGUAGUGGCGAUCAGACCCGAUGGAGUAUUUCUCUGGAGAUACAGGAGAAAGCACUGAGGACAUUCCAGGACGUAAAAAGUCCAAACUCAAGGUUCUGAAGAGUCGUCUCUUCGGUAGGAGUAAGAGAGGAGGUGGAGAGGGAGACGCCAAACUCAGCCAGUCAGUCAGCGACAUCACUGCAGGAAAGGGACUCGGAUCCGAUGAAGAUUUGGCAUGCUCCCAGGGGAUAAUGGGAUCACGGGCUUUUUCCCAUGAAAGCAUCUUUCUGGAUGAUGAGGUCCUGACAGACGCCGAACCAGCCAGGGUCUUAUCCCAGGAGAAUGUCCACAGCAAAAUCAAAGCUCUGCAGAUUAAGCUGCAGCAGCAGAAGAUGCAUUUGGGGCCGCCGCCUCUGGUUCUGCCAGUCAGACGUCCAGAGGAUCUGGGGAGCCGCUCGGAGGAUGAUCUGAGAUGUCCCCCUGAGAUCUCAGGAGCCCUAAGCAAGACCACGUCCCAGCCAUCCUCUCGUCCACUCUCACCCAUCCCCAAACCAGCAUCUACCAAAUCACCCCUCCCUUUGCCUCUUACCGUCCCCUCCAAUUCCUCUUCUUCUGUCGUUGAGCCCCCGUUGGACUUCAGCUCUCCGGCCCAGUUCACCCCCUGCCUCGAUACGUCUGCUGCACGCCACCGGAUGGCUGUCAAGCCCAGAAAACAGAGGGCCAGCACCAAGAAGACACUCGCUUCAAAUGACUUUAAGUCUGACUUACACACCCUAAACAACAUCAACCACCCCGAGUCUGUGAGAGAAGAAGAGCAGCGGCUUAGUUCUCAAGAGGAGGUGACACUGGAAAUAGAACAAGGAGGGGCUUUCGUUCCUAUUACAUCUCAGCAUCUUCCUUCAAAAUCCCCAGAGGAGGCACCAAUCACAUCAUACAGCCUCGCUGUUUCUCAACAGGACCAAGCUCUUCUUGGGAGCGUGCCCUCUGCACCCUCCCAGGUACUUAGAGUUAAGCCUCACAGACCAGCGGACAUAACGCCCAUGGAACGGCCACACUCAUCCUAUAUACAGUCAGAACUGAAGGACAACAGAGACAGGGAUCCUGAGAUACAAGUAAUGUCCCAUGACAAGAGAAAUACUCUGAACAAGGCUGGAAUGUCGGAGGAGACUUCAGUCUCCACUAACUUCCCGUCUUCCUUUGUUCACCAGCAGAUUCAAGGCGAGACAGAAAGCACAAGAGGAUUAAAGAGACCCACCACAGGGUCUGGGUCCUUCCAUUUGUCCAUCGCCAAGAACCGGGAUGCAGGAAGGCCCCGAUCGGGCAGUUUUGUGGGAGAGCUGGAACCCACUGAAUCCAGGCACAAGACAGGAACGGAGGAUAAACCCUUUUCAAGCAUGAGGGAAAAGGAAGAACUGAGAGGGGCGCCCUUUGCUGUGGGAAGACUUAGACAAGAGGGAGCUCCACACAAGAGCUCAGUUCUGUGGGACAGGAGGGACAGUCUCAAAAAGGUGGAAUCAGUGACACCAUGUCAAAAUGUGACCGCAGAUACAGGUGGUGAGACAGAGGUGGUGGAGUUGGAGAGCAGCCAGGAGGUGGUGGAGGAGGCGGCGGAAGCACAGGAGGUCGAGGAGGAUGAAGGAAAGACGGCGUUUGGGGUUAAACUGCGCUCCACAUCCCUGGCGACGAAAUUUCGCUCUGAUACCGCUUCUAAUCAUAACUCAAAGCCACCGGAGUUUGAGGAGCAAUGUGACAAACUAAAAAGACAGGAAAUAAGAGACCUCCGACCAGCAGAUCCAACCCUGUCUGGCUUCUCCCUUCCAGUGAAGCAUAACCCGCCAUCUACUGGCAAUCCUCCCAUCAUGGCGACAGAAGUGCAAACAACCUCCUCUAACCUCAAAGAAGUUGAAUCUGUCGUCGAAGCGCCCCAGGAGCCCCAGCCCGCCCCCCAAGCGGCCUCUUCCGAGGUGUCCUGGAUGAGCUUGGCAAUGGAAAAGACCAGAAGCCUCCAGCAGCUUUUUACUAGUAGAUUUCCAAGAGAUUUUACAGGCGUGCAGACAGCGGCUCGACCACAAGCGCAAGAGACACCGACUGGACCCCAAGUGCAGACACAGACUGUAAAAAUGCAACAAAGUACAACACCACUGGAGGCUGCAAAUCAACCGCCAACUGAUGCAGUCAAAGCAGAAGCAGUGCAGAGUAGAAGCCAAGCACAGACUGUCAAACCGUCACUACUGGCAGUGCAACAGAAGACGUCUCCUGUUCUGUCAAACACCUCCAGAGAACCUCCAAAAACAUUAAAACAAACCUGUGAACCUCAAUCUGCCUCACAGUCUCAUCCGGCUGUGCAGACAAAUCCAUGGACAACCCAGUCUCCCUUGCACUCCUCUACACAAACAGAGACCUCAUCUCAGUUUGCACAAGGGAGUGCCACACAGUCUCUUGCACAAAUUUACCUUUCCUCGGGCCAGCAGCAGCAGCAGCAGCAGCAACAGCAGCCGCAGCAACAACAGCAGCAGCAGCAGCAGCAGCAGCAGCAGCAGCAACAGCAGCCGCAGCAACAACAGCAGCAGCAGCAGCAGCAGCAGCAACAGCAACAGCAGCAGCAGCAGCAGCAGCAGCAGCAGCAGCAGCAACCACCUCCCUGGAGCAAUCGAGGUCUUCAGCCCACCAACCAGCUCAAAUCAACAACCUCAGUUUCCACCACCUCGUCAGCUUCUGCACCUCCUCCAUCAGUUUCUGCCCCGGGAAGAGGGGAAAGAGAAGCCACCGUGCAGGAAAAAGAGGGUGCGUCGCUGCCAGGAAGACGGGCAGUUUGGGCCGGGUCAGUGAGCGAGAGGGCGGCUUUUUUGGAGAAACGGGCUGAGUGGACCACUCCACCUGGAACCAAGGGGGUGGAGUGGAAGAAAGCUCAAACAGAGGAGCAGACAUCAGGUGAAUCCCCUGCCCCAGUCAAACCCACGCCCCUGAGCAAAGACAUAAAACCAGAGGGAAGACAAGGGGUCAAAUUUGCAGAGUCAAGUCCAGAAAUGCCUCGUGAGGAUAAAUGGCUGCGGAAAAAUGUGGCGUCGUCUUCAUCGCCCUCGUCGUCACCCACAAUGCAAUCAGCGUUGCAGUCCAUGACUGACAGUAGCCAGCCGUCCUGGAUGGAGCUGGCAAAAAGGAAGUCAAUGGCCUGGAGUGAUAAGUCCAUGGACUGAGAGGGGAAACACACAGAUGGAUAUUGUUCUAGAGACAACAGUAUGAACAGACCUGCAGAUAAAUGAUGUUGAAUUUUUGUUGAGUCAGAAAGAUGUUGAUUCAGCUCCGUUGAGGCUGUUGUGUUUGUGUAUGGAAUUUUAUUCAAUUAAUUGUUAAUGUUAUAUUGAAACACAGACAGAGAGUAUAUAUUGAAAAGUUUAUUAUAAUCCCUCUCCACCACAA